AACUAUAGCGGAGGCAUUCUCCACUAACUGGUGAUUAAACUCACUAAAAGCAAACAAUCAAUAAUAGCUUUUUUUCAAAUAUUCCUUCAUGUCCCUAUGUUCACAUUUUAAAGUUGCACAUUUUUUACUUGAAAUAUCAAAGACAAGUUUUUUGGCGCCUGCAGAGUGGAGUUUGUGGUGGUUUGCAGAGGGCUGCUCAGAUUUCAAUGAGAGAGAACGCACGAUUGCAGAGGCAUGCACGGCUUCAGAGGAGUCGCACGGCUUCAGAGGAGUCUACAGAAGCAGGGCUGUAGGUAACAUUUGGCUGUUACGGUUAUAGAUGUCUCUACAUGCUGGUUUAAAGUGGAAGAUCUAGGGUGGAGCGUUGGCCCUAAUUAAAAAUGGGGUAAAACCUUUUCAAAAUGCAACGGUGGUUAGCAGAGAUUGUGCUGGUUACUAGGGACGCACCAAAUGUGAAAUUCAGAGCAAUAGUUGUAACAACCUGGUAUUGGAUCAGCUAUCAAAUAAACAACUGCUGGAGAUCAGUGGUGUCCCCUAAAUUUUCAUGCUCUCAUAGAAAAUGUCGUUAUAGAAAGAAGAUAUAUUGUGCUUGGAACAGGCUCCGUGCAACUCAUCAAUGCUGCCAUUAAUAGCCUUUCACUCACAAAUGCUUCAAAUCUAGCAAUAGUUACAGUUGUUGCGCCCUUUUGCAGUGGCUAAAAAUGCCCCAGUGGCCUUGACGUUGAGCAUUCAAUUUCUUUCUCUGCUACACAGUUCCAAGACAUCAUAGCAGUAUUGCUUGAGUGAGCUUGCCUAAUCUUACAUUAACUAAUGGGGAUAUAUUGACAAAUCCGUGUUCAUAUCUUUAAAAAUUCCUUUCAAAAUGUUGAAGGGGAGUGGAAAGUGUUUAUUGACACUGAUAUAGAGCUAUAUGGUGAAAAUGGAGCAUAUGCAAACAUUGGUUUUGGUAUUGCCGACUUCAUUUGCCUUCCCCUGCAUGCAGAUAUGUCUGAUUUGUAUGGUGCAAAGGUUUUGAUUAAUGACAUGCAGUUGCUUCAUGAUAUGGAUGUAUCUCAUGCACAGGUGCACCUGGUUUUGUGGAACGAACUAAACGUACAGUUUAAGCAAUCUUGCGGGGUGACUGUUGGUGGGAUAAGCAAAUGUACCUUCAUUCCCACAAAGGCAGAAGAAGAUAUUAUCCAAACAUUGGACAAUUUAGUAUACCAGGAAGCUCAGAGAAUGCCCAACUUGUUUCUCCAUUACAAUGGAGCUAAAACUACUGCUGAGGAGUUCAGUGCAAAGUGCUCAACCUGCAUUAGAAACUUUGGAGUGGUUGGUGUAGCCUCCAAUGAUAUAGGAGUUCCUAUUGCCUGCAUCAAGCCUGGAAUCUUUCAUGGUGUUCACAUAGACUAUAAUCUCAGUAUUGACACCAUAAAACACUGCAGGGAGAAUUUGGAGGAGAUUGUUAAGGCCAUAGAUCAAGUUUAUGAAAAGAACAACCCACGCAAAAUUUGCAGGCAACACUUGGAGUUUCUGAAAGCAAGGCGUAUGGAAAGGAAGUUGAGCAUCAAGCUCAAACUGAAGCAUAAAUCACCUUUAACAAUAGUAAAGAAGAGAAGAAAACACUCGCCUUCUUCUGCUUCCAAAGAUGCUACAUCUGUUAUGUAUAAAACAUAUGCUCUUAGAAAUAGAUAUUCACUCAGAGAGAGAUCUAAACAGAUGAAGACUAAGUUGUUUACAGAAAACUUUGAGAGCAGUAGCAUUUCAACAACUUGAUUUCUGAAUCAAAGUUCUGUUGUUAUCUAGUUUCAAAUUUUGUUAGGCGUUUGUGGAUUUCCAAGAUUUGUAAUUAAAUGCAUACUAAGUUCAUUGUAAAUAAACAUAAUAGUGAUCACUUCCUAAAACCGA